CUCAGCUCGUGACUGUGAUGCUAUGAGGAAGAGCGGGGUCCGCUGCUCGUAGAGGACAUGGUACGGUGUACACACAGCUCUCAGUGCUCUAUAGUUCCGUGCUGUAUCCAGGAUGUUUGAGAACCUGAGGGAGCGGCUGCUCACUGUACAGCAGGACCUGACCAGCGGAUUGAAGAUCUUGGGUGACAAGUCUAAAGAUGUGAAGAUUAAAAAGCAGAGCAGGCAAGCUGAACAAGUAUCAAAGUUUCCAGCGGGCGUGGAACUCCUCAGCAGGUAUGAAGACUCCUGGGCUUCCCUUCACAAAGGUGCAAGAGAAUGUGCUAGAACUGGGGAGCAGGUGGAUAGUGAGGUGGUGAUGCUGUCUGCUCACUGGGAAAAGAAGAGAAGUGGUCUGAUGGAGCUUCAGGAGCAGCUACAACAUAUUCCUGUAUUUCUGGCAGAUCUACAGUCUGUAACUGCUAAACUUGAUUUGCUAGGAGAAAGUUUUGAAGAUGUAGAGAGACGACUAUCCGAGCUGGAGGACCUGUGUGAGCAGUGUGAGUUUCGGAGGUUCCAAAACGUACACUACAUGCAACUAGAGAACUAUAAGAAGAAGAAAAGGAAGGAGCUGGAGAGUGUUAAAGCUGAAUUGGAUGGAGAACAUGCACAGCGAGUCCUGGAUAUGGAAUAUGCCCAGCAGAUAAAGCUAAAGGAACGCCAGAGGUUCUUUGAAGAGGCUUUCCAGCAGGACAUGGAGCAGUACCUAUCUACCGGAUACUUGCAGAUAUCAGAGAGACGAGAACCUAUUGGAAGCAUGUCCUCCAUGGAAGUUAAUGUAGACAUGCUGGAGCAGAUGGAUCUAAUGGACAUGUCUGACCAGGAAGCACUAGAUGUCUUUUUAAACUCUGGAGGAGAAGACAACAGUGUAUUGUCUCCGAUGUUAGGCCCUGACUUUGAUUCCUGCCGCAGUGAGAUCACUCUUCAGGUCCCCAGCCAAGCAGAGCUCCGACAGAAACUUUCCUCGCUGUCCUCCACAUGCACCGAUUCAGCCAGUCAGGAGAACAGUGAAGACGGAGAGGAGUCGCCGGUUAUCCAAUCAGACGACGAGGACGUUCACGUGGACUCUGUACUUCUGAAUGUUAGCCAUAUUGUAAAAGCUACUUCUGAUGCUAGCGAUGAAAGUGAUACUCACACAGCAUGAAGAGCGGGUUUUACUGGAGCAAAAGCUCACCUGUACUAAUCCAUCCCUAAAGUCCAAACACCCACUCACAUACCAUUCAAGGGUUCCCUUUACUGAUUUACACAAAGAUUGUGUAUUGGGGUCAUUUUAUGAUGAGAAGAGUGUUUGAAAUGAAGCCUUUGUAGAAAAGAGGCGGCAGCAGCACUGAAUCUCCACAGUCAGGCAGAUCUACCUGUGCACUUAGCUUCUCCAG